AGUCCCGGACGCGGCUCAGUGGUCGCGGGCGGCGGGUCCGGGCUUCCGGUCUCCCGGGCGCCAGAGGGUCAUGGCGGGAAGGGGGAGGGCGCGCGCUCCAAGCUUUCCCUCCCCCACCCACACCCAGGGUCUUCUUCCUUCGGGAUUCGGAGCCGCCUAUCCUCCAGGGCCGACUAGCCGCAGGGCUGCAGGGGUCCAGGACGCCGCGACAUAGCUUAGCGACAGCGCUCUCCCUGGCGACGGCGCCGCAACAAGAUGGCGGACGACAGAGACAGGGAAGGCACAGGACGGUCUCAACUCUAGCAGAGCAGACUAUGAUGUUUUAUUUCUCCAGGUUUUUCUGUAAUCACAAGUCUGAGAUAGCAGUAGCAGAAUUUCACAAAAAAAUCAAAGAAGCUUUUGAAGUAUUUGACCAUGAGUCAAAUAAUACAGUGGAUGUGAGAGAGAUCGGAACAAUUAUCAGGUCAUUAGGAUGCUGCCCUAGUGAAGGAGAGCUACAUGAUCUGAUUGCAGAGGUGGAAGAAGAAGAACCCACUGGAUACAUUCGAUUUGAAAAAUUUCUUCCAGUGAUGACUGAAGUACUACUGGAAAGAAGAUACAGACCAAUUCCAGAAGAUAUCCUUCAUCGAGCUUUUGAGGUGUUAGAUCCAGCUAAACGUGGGUUUCUUUCUAAGGAAGAAUUGAUCAAGUAUAUGACUGAAGUAGGUGAGCGUUUUUCUCAGGAGGAAAUGGAAGAAAUGUUGUCUGCUGCAAUUGAUCCAGAAUCGAAUUCAAUUCAUUACAAGGACUAUAUAACAAUGAUGGUGGUAGAUGAAAAUUAAACACUCUACAGACUUCAUUUCUAAUUGAAAGAUCAUUUUAAGAAUUGCUUGUCCUUGUUAAUUUCACAUUUUAUUUUAUAAUUCCUACAUAUUGCUAAUUAAUGCCUUGUGACAACUAUUUCAAGAUAUUUUGUUUUUUAAAGGUGAUCAUAACAGUGUAAAACACAAAUUUAUUUAGUAUGUCUAGCCCUAUGGAAUGACAAACUGCUAAUUAUUUUAAAACUAUUCUUAAAAUAUUUAACAUAAUCCAUGGAUUGUUACUAAUUUUCUACAAUUAAAUCCAGGUUACUUUCAAAUUAAUUAAGCUGACAAAAUGAAGAAUGAUUAGAAUGACCCAAAGUUUUGCAUGUAAAGAUCUUGGGUUGGGGCAGAAUGACCAUAAAUUGGAAAUGAGUAGUAAUGUGAUGACAGCUUCUUUUUAAAACAGCGAACACUUCAGCAAUCAGAAUGUGGAAGGAAAGUCAUUGAAGCGGAUAUUAAUAAUUAAUUUCUUAUGAGUGCCAAUUAUAAAUCUCAUUUGAGAUGAUAGUAACUUAGCGUAAAAAUUUAAAUUUGCUGAUCUUGCAUAUUACCUGCCAUUUAUGGAAUAGCUAAAGGAGUUGAGAUAAUUGAACCUUGAGCAAAGAAGACUGAUUGGAAAUUGGUAAUGUAAGGAAGUGGCAAUUCUCUUGUGGUCUUUAGAAUUCUUAACCUAUUCAGAAUACCUGUCAUGAGAAUAUUGUCCUGAAUACUGAGUAAGAAAAUUGAGAAAUGUUAUGGGGUGUAGGAGGCACAGCUGUUGAAAGAGCGGGAUAAAGUUAUCUGAGCGCAAAGAAUCACAAUGGAAAAGCAAAGGGGAAAGUAAGAUAAAGGAAAAUGAAUAAUCUUCCAUAACCUGUGUCAUUCUUUCAUACACACACACACACACACACACACACACACACACAGUGAUCUCUAUUUAAAGAUGCUUCACCACUACAUGUGCCUAUAUAUACAUAUAAACAUUUAAUGCUGCUUGUGAUUCUUCCUCCUAGGCAUGCAGGGGGCUGCUACUUAAGAGACUCUAUCAUUGUCCAUUCAUUCAUUCAUGAAACAUUUACUGAGAAUUAUUAGAUAAUGUACUAGGAGCUGGAGUUGCACGGUGAAUCAGUCCCUAACUAGUCGAGAUCACAGUUCAGUGAGGGAGACCUGCAAGUCAAUCAGCAACCACAUUUCAGACAGGGCACAUGCAGGGCCUCUAGUUGCUUUCUGAGUGAAGAGGACGGUGGUAGGUUACAGAGCUUGAGGAGAAUGGUAAAAUUUGGAAAUAUCUCUUGUGGGAAAUGGGAGAAAGAGUUGAGAAAGAGCCCAUGUAAGGAUUUCAAGAAAUCCUGGAGGAUUUUGUUCAGUAACUCGGGCCCACGAGCAAAAAUGAUGGAUUGUUGUAUUGAUUCAGGGUUAAGGUUUGUCAUCUGAGUGAGAUGGAGGCAACCAAAGGUCAAGGGAGUAGAGGAAUUCACAAGAAAGCAGUUGUAACAAUGCUCUCUGGAGUCUGAGUAGUAGAGAUACAUACAGGUAGGAGUGGGCUCUCAGACCGAGAGGCGGAGGCAGGGCCUCAUGGCCUCCAAAGGGGCAAACAGCUGUGCAGGGGGAGCGAGAGAUGAUGGGCUUUCCUGCCAUUCCUGAGUAAUUACAUGCUUUGCUUGAAAUUUGACUUCACUGUGUUUUUAGAGUGUUCCUUCAUUCUCCUAUGUUAUUAUUAUAAUUAAUAAUAAUAGCUAACAUCUGGGGACUGCUCACUAUGUGCCGGGCACUGAUCUGAGUGCUUUUUAUAUAUUAGCUGAUUUAAUCCUCCCAGCCACCCAGCGAUAUGGGUCACAGCUAUAAGGGGUUGUAUUCAUCAGUUUGUGCUAGGUAAUGCUGUGAUACCAAACAACUCGAGCUCAGGGCUUACUACAGUAAGAGUUCUUUUUUGUUCAUGUUUUGUGUCACCUGGCGUCGGCUGGGCCUCUGCUUCAUGUGUCGUCUUCGUGCAGCUUAUCUACUUCCUAAGCAGGGUGACCGUGUGUCUUGGAUUACCCAGGGUGGUCGCAGCCUACGUUUGUUGUCCCAGUGUAGUUGUUAAUAGAUCUCCCUCUUGGAAGUGUCCUGGUUUAAAUGAUUAAUAUGGGGUCAUCCCAUUUGAAAAAUAGUGAAUAAAAAUGAUGCUGAGGAAUCAUCA